AUGGACAAGAAGCCGAUCAAGAAGAAGACCAAGCCGGCGCCGGAAGCCGCAAAUUUGAGCGAAGCGCAGAAGGAACAGCUGAAGGAGUCGAUAAGGUCGGAAAUGGAGACAAAAAUUGUUUCCAAAGCCAAGAAAAAGGCUGUCGGAAUAUCGAAAGUUAGUCGAGGAAAAGCCGUGAAGACACAGAAGAAAGCUGUAAGUUUUUUCAUCGUUUGUUGUCUGUAUUUAGAUGAAUGAGAGUGGUACGAGUCUAUGAUGUAUUUUACACUGAUUUUCUUCAAAUUCUUCCGUUUUUGUUAAAAAAUUUGAUGUCAUGGAUAACAUCACAAAAUUUGGGCGGUCUAAUUGAAGACGUAGCAAAAACUGUAUGUUUGAUAUUUGCGAUAGGACCUGUUACUGUUGUUCAAUGUUCCUUGAACGAUUUGGGGAGUCAAAAUUAUGCAUUUUGAGCUCGUUUUUAUAUUAUACUUGAAACUUUUGGACUCUAACAAAAUUCUGUUCGAUUUUCGGUAUUUUAAUCAUAGAAUAAGCAAUUUUUGAGCUUUGCAGGUUUCCUAGGACUUACUUGAGCUAUUUAAGUCCACCAGUUGGUUCUGUUUUGCUAUUUUUGUCCUUUUCCAUAAGCGAUGUUAUACUUGGCAGUUAAAAAAUUAAUUUUUUUAAAAGUGAAGCUAACGUUAUAUUAUUAAUAAAAGCUCCUUUUCAGGAAAAAAGAGCUCGUCGAGAAACUCGUGAGAAGAUCAGAGAGAAGCUUGGAGACGAUGCCGCACCAAAGGCCGAGCCCAAAACAAUCGAAAACACCAGAGAAGCUGAUGCCACUUUUGUUGAUACGAAUGAUGUUGAAGUGAGUUUUUUUUUAUUUUAUUGUUACGUUUUUAGAUCAAAGAAGAAGUGGGCUUGAUUUUACUACCGAAAUUCCCAAAUUGACGUUCAUUUUCAGGUCCAAUUGGACGAAAAUUCGGAUGAGCUCUCGGCCUAUUUCCGAAGGGAAACUCAGCCGCGAAUUUUGCUCACAACUUCGCCGAAAGCCAAAGUCACAACAAUGAAGUUUGCAUUUGAGAUGCAGAAAUGCAUCCCGGAUGCGGAAUUCUUACCGAGGAAGGAUGCAGCCAUCAAGAAGAUUGUCAAAGACGCCAUUGAAAGGGACUUUACUGAUGUUGUUAUUGUUCAUGAAGAUAGAAAACGGCCGGGUAAGGACUGUUCAGUGGGUGUGGGGUUUGAUUUGGAGAUUUUGAGGCCAGACAGAAGUGAUACGGUGAUUUUUGGAGUUGGGUGGGGUAAGAGGGGACCAUGAAUAAUAUCAGAGGAAUUGGCUAGUAUAAGAUAAAUUUUGGAUCAAAGUGAUAUUUACUAGUAUUCUAAAGGUCUUAUGAGAGGUGUUACUGUAAUUUAGAAGGAAAUUAAAUGGUGGUUCAAAACAAAAAUUGCUUUUUUUGCAAGAAAAUUGAGUUUUUAUACCUAAAACAAUGUCAAAAUGGAGUUAACUUUUAACUUUCUUACUAUUAUUCGCUUCUUUUCGACCUCAAAGGAAAUUACACUGUAUAACGUUUGAUUUUGCAGUCGGUCUCAUGAUCUGCCACUUGCCGGAAGGCCCUACCGCCUACUUCAAGAUUAAUAGUCUGAAGUUCAGCAAAGACAUCAAAGGAGUUGGCGAAUCCACCGAUCAUUGCCCAGAAGUCAUUUUGAACAAUUUCAACACUCGACUUGGCCAUACGGUGGCUCGAAUGCUCGCCUGUCUCUUCCCACAUGACCCUGAAUUCAGAGGCCGGAGAGUUGUAACUUUCCAUAAUCAAAGGGAUUAUAUCUUCUUUAGACAUCAUCGGUGAGUUUGGGAGGGCUUUAUGAGAGGUUUGGAGAAUAGAAUUGGGGUUUUUAUAUAUUGUAGAUGGCAGUUUGGACAUCUGAUUAUAUUACACUUGAUAUUUUUUUUAUCAAAUCUUGCAUUUUUUUAGAUACGAAUUCAAAAAAGAGGGUGCCAAGGCCGCACUACACGAAUUAGGCCCCAGAUUUACCCUCCGGCUUCGAUGGCUUCAAAAAGGAACUUUUGAUUCCAAAGAAGGAGAAUAUGAAUGGGUCCGAAAGCGGCACGAAAUGGAGAUGUCCAAACGAAGAUUUUACUUGUAA